UUUCUGAACCCCUAGCUUACCUAUCCUGUAGUUACCUAGGCAUGCCAAACCAAAUCCCAGGUUUUCAAAUCUCCCACUUCUUGAGCAUGCACACUGUUCCUCUACCGCUGACGUCCCUACCUCGCAGCUCUCCCGAGGACCUGAGAUGUCCUAUUUGCUACACCCCCUACGCAAAUCCACCAACAGGCUACGUGCACCCUGACCUCGGUGCCGGCCUCCCUGAAUAUGCAGUCCAGAUCCGGAACCGCGGCGCUUGUGAGCACGUCUUUGGCCGAAGCUGUAUAGAAUCGCACAUCCGUAGAGGGAAUCCCUGGAGCCACACAUGCCCACUGUGUAGAGUGGAGUGGUUCCCUGCGCCAAAUGGCGGACGAAGAACGGUACUAAAUGACGUUGAGAUCGCGAGAGAUGGACUUUCAAGGGUGGAUGUACAUGAUGAGCAGGUUAGAGGAGAGUUGGAGGCUGUUGCCAGGGUGCGGGAAUGAAGUAGACGAAAUUUUAGCAACUUGUUUGUUUCUAUCCAAUCCUGCUAUAUCAUUUCGAAUACGCAGCUGCUGUUUUGACGAUGCGUUUAAGCACGCCUUACAUUUAGAGUGAUGAGCUGGUCCAUGAAGGGCAGGGACCAACAGCUUAUUAAUACCUGGAAAUUGCUUUGAUCGCGUAGCAUCGACUGCUCUGGUACG